AUGACAAAGGAACAGCUUGCAAAAUUGUGCAAGACCAUUGUCAACUUCAUUGCACAGACCACCCUGCAGAUCCUGCUGCCGGCCCUGGCCCGCAUUCUAGGGGUGACAGGCUUUUAUGACAACACUGACUCACUCAAGAGGGGCGGCAGUGCAAGAUCCUUCACUGCCUUUGAGCAGAAAAGACUGGAGCUCAUCCAGGAAGUUAAAUAUUUGGCGAAGGAGAUGUGUAACUGUGGCGGCAAGGCUCUCCAACCAAGGUCUAGCACACCCUCUUCCAAGAGUUUCCCAAGAGUACUUCCAACCCCAUCCUCUGAUAACUUGGGCAGUGAUGAUGACGUCACCGGCCUCAUCAGCAUGUUAGUAAUGAGAAUUCUAACAGAAAUCCAAACCCCAGCAGAAGAUUACCCAGUUGACGUCACACGCAAGUCACAAGACCUGAUCCCUAAAGUUAUGGAGGUCUUCUGUGCAUGGUCAGGCUGCUCUGAGACACAAGCCUAUCAAGGGGAAUUGAGGAUUCUUAAAGUCUACAGAGUCGUCUAUAAAAAUCUGUUGGAGGAGUUUGGCUCGGAGAAAAUCCUCCAACAGGCCGUGUCGACUCAGGACUCUUCAUUUGAUAGGAUUCUUGUCAAGUCUUUGAGUGAAGCGCUUCUCCACAGAUGUAAUGAGGCAUUGAGGGCAGCCUCAAGAACAUCAGUCAAAACCACCGGGCCUAAGGCUCUUCCACUGGCUGAGGAUGUGAGGGCUAGCAGCGGGAAACUAUCUUUUCUACAAAGGCUGGUCAGGCUGACAAGCAACUUAAAGCUAUUCAAGAAGGGGAACAAGAAGGAUUCCCACCGCUCUGAAUCAGAACAAGUACAGACCACUGCUGAAGAUGGCAUGCUGCCCAGCAUAGUGCCACAUGCUGCCAUGUCUGCACUGCCAAAGGAUCUCCCCGCCAGCUCCCAACAGGAGACGCCUCACAAACGUCCACUUCUCGUCAGGAUGUUUUCUGCCAUCUCCAAAGGCCUGUUCAAGCCCUUCAAACAGUCCUUAAAGACCAAGUAACUUCAGACAAUUUAUUAAACGUCAUUCAUUGCAUUAAA